GUGGUCACAUGUAGGCCUGUGUGUAGCCUACUUGGUGUUUUUAUGAUGUGAAGACGUCUGCAGGUCCCUGAUAGGAGAGACGAAACGAAAUCUGCGCGUACUCCGUAUAAAAAUGGACAGAGGAAAUGUGUUUGAUUCCCCCCGCUGUGCCUCUCUCUGGUACAGUCAGCGUGAGGAGAUGGUGCGGUCUGACAGCGCUCCCUGCUGGCCACAACGAGGAGUGGGAAAUUCUCUUAAAGGGGAUGUCUGGAAAACCGGAAGAGAUUUUUAAGGUGGAUCGAUGGAGUUAGCUGCACGACGAGGACGCUUCUCUUUUUUUUUUGAGUAAAGGGCUCACAGGGGCAAACUGGACUCAAGACGAAGACUUUCACCGGUUCCGUUGUGUUUUUGCAGUUUUCAGCCGAGCAGCUUAGAAUUACUCUGCAAAAAUAUGCGUCUUUAGUGGGAGUUCGUGCUGGAGCUCACAGUCUUACCUUUCUUAAACCAAACUCAGAAAUACCACUGCUGCUGAGAUCAUUUGUCCUCAUUUCCAGUUUGAAACGACGUUUUUGAAGAACUUCCUUGAAUUAAGCAGAUAAGUGGCGACCUCGACCCGAGCAGAGUGAAAACUGAAGACACUAAUCCACACAGCUGAACCUCUGUUGUAGGAUGUGACACCCCGUUGUCCUUUUACUUGUCAGGAAAAAAAAUGUAAACCUCAGAAUAAAACAAAAUUCUCAAUAAGAUUAAUAUUUUUCAUGUUGCAGCUUAUUCUGUGCUGGACACUGCUUUACAGCGAUAUAAUGGCUCAUUCAGGUCAGAUGAUCCGAGACUGGUCCCUAAAAAAAGACCAAGGCACUUUAUUCCCACUGACAUAAUAAAAGAGAGAUGUUAUUACUUUUGGGUGCUUUUGAAGACUCCAGAUGUUGUUGGGGUUUUUUUUUUAAUGUUGAUGGAAGAACUGAGAUCAGUCUCUGGCCAUCAAGUGCUCCAACCGGCUUCACAUGGGCUGAAUCAAAUUAAUAAUGGGAUUUGCUUCGUGACUCGACGCAGCUUUGGUCUCACAAACGUGGCUGUGGAGAAACGACUUAUCACCUGCCUGUGAUACAGGUGUAGGCCCAUCUGAAGCACGUGGGUGCGCGGCCAGGUCACUUUAGGCCGGUUCAGAUUAUCUCACUGAAACGGUUUAAUAACAGCAGACUAGAAUCAUUUCAUAGAUCUUUAGAUUAAAAGGUGUACAUAAGGGGUGGACAGACUUUUUUUUUUCACUCCAGUUUUCGUGUGUUUUGUGUAACGAUUUUCUUUGCCUCAUUAAGCCACAUACUUUUGCAGCGUUUGUGACGAAAGAACCAGCAGUUCAGACAGCAACACAGGCCUCUGAACCUCUGGAAGUUGCGCUAUAUUGCACGCACUUGUAAAAGCUCUAACUCCAGUAAUAGCCUACUGAUAAUUAGUUUUCAGCUUUGUGUGAUUGACUGGUGACCUUUUGUAAUUUUGAUUUUUUUUUUUCACGGAAUGGAGAGCAUAACAGACGUCACAUGGCAUUAAAACUGGAUAUUAACUUCGAAGGAACAUAAUCAUAUUUAAAGGGCAGAUGCAUUUAGUUAAAAUCUUAAACACCAUGACGCCAUAAACAAAAUACAGGGAAACUGCAUCAGUAAAGAUCAUUGAUCGCUUCACCCUCGCCAGCUUUACAGGAAACACACAACACAACGGCCCCACUAACAUUUAAUUAUAACCGUCACAAAUGCAUGGUGGCUUACUUACUUUAUUGCAUGGCAGCAUAUUAACUGGCCUGUUUUUGAUCCCCUCUCAGUGAAAGCAGCUUCCUCCUUCCUUCAUUUGCAUACAGUCCCUCUGUGUUCUCACCUCCCACACACCUUGUAUGCACAGAGUCUGUGGUGUGUCAAUGCACCUGCUUUUCUCCUCCAUUCCUCCCCUCUUCUCAGUCUGCAACGUGUGCGUCCUCAUCAAACGCAAUCUGUCCAUCCAGCUGCUCUGGUUGCGGCCUCAGACAUGUUCAGAGCUUGUGUCUACACGCUCUUUUCAUUGCAUCCGUUUUUUCAUCGCUUGUCUGCGGCAGUUCCUCCACCAGAUCACGAGAAUUCACCGUGGUUCGUGGGGUGCGUCAACGCCAGCGACAGACUUUAUGCACCCAAAGGUGCCCUUGACCUUGACCCGGUAACCUGCUGUGCACGCUGCCUGGAUGAGGGGUACCAGGUUGCAGGGUUGACCUCAGGGGGUUGUUACUGUGGCAACCGGCAACAUGGUUUGGUGGCCAGUGAGUGUUUCAACACAUCUUCCAAUGCAGGAACAAAGGAUGUCAAAGGAGAAAGUAAAAGACAAAGUGUCCUCUGCUUGCCUGUUGGAGAUGGACAGGGAAGUGUGGCACUCUACAGAACUGAAGGACCAUAUCUGCACAGCGUUCGUCUGUCUGCGUCUCCAGACAGAGUGCAGGCUGGGAAGGCUUUUGUCGUGGAAGUUUCUGGAAGCCUGGCUGGACGCCCCAACCAGCCCACAGGGAUUCUACGUCUGGGAGGGCAGGACCUCUCUUAUGUCACUGUUGAGUUUCAGGAAACGACCCCUAAAGGUCAGAGUUCGCAUCAUGUCAAAGUGUUGGAUGAUGGCUCAUUUGUUGUGUCAUCUGACUGGAUUUUGGAAACUCCAGGAAAAUAUGAGCUCAACGUCAGUGUCUCCAACCCCCUCUCCACACUCUCCUCCACCCUCCACCUCUCCGUCUUGCAGCCCUCUCCAGACAGCUUGGUGAUCUCUGUGCAUCACGGCCCCCUGGGUGUCCCCUCCUGCAUCCCAUUCCUACAGGCAGACUUCAACAGUGUGACAGUGGAGGCAGCAUACCUCGGCGAGCCUGUCAAACUGCAGGCACACAUGGGUGAUGGUCUGCCGGUAGAGUUUAUUUGGUGGUUUACUCACAAGGAAAAAGAGAAAAACAUGGAGGGUGUAAAGACAUCUUGCCUUCCCAACUCAGACUGUCUGAACAGCACUGUGAACUGGACCUUUGAAACAGAGGGAGUUCACAUGGUGUCAGUGAACGCCUCCAGUGCCUAUGGGUGGACACAGGAGACAAUAUAUGUUGUGGUCGUGCGUCUUGCCGUCUCUGACCUCAGAGUCAGUGUAUCAGGGAAUCAGCUGACGUCCGGUGAGAGCGUGUCUGUGGAUGUGGGGCUGUUCACCACCAUGGAGCACCUACUUGUCCUCAACCUCACACUGAAUGCCGAGUAUGGCAGCAUUGGCAUGAAGGAUAAUUUAAGCACUGAUGGAGGUGACUUUAGUAAUGACAAUAAAAACAUCAGUGAUAGUGAUAAUGUUGACAAUCAUUCAAGCAUAAUUGCUCACCAGGAAAACAGUAAUGAUCACGACUGUAGCAACAGUAACCGUGGCAACAUCAGCUAUGAUCACAACCUCAAUCAAAACAUCUGUUGUCAUGCUGGCACCCACUUACAUCUUUGCUCUGAUACCCACCACUUUGUCCCUCUUCGUCUCCUCCACACCUCCAACCGCUCCAGCUGCCAUUUGCAGCUCCACCUUCGCUGCCGCCUCCCCACCACUGCAGGGCAGUAUCACCUCAUAGCGUCUGUUCUCUCCACUUCUGAUCCUUCAUCUGUGCUGCUCUCCACCGUCCAUUGGGCCUUGAUGGUGUACGAGCAUAUAUGUGCCCUAAGGCCUUCUGGGACUUGGAAGUCAGUAGUUUCAACACACGCAGAAUUCAGCCUGGAGGUUGUCAGCCCUGCCAGCCGAAUGGGGUCGAGAGUGAUUUGGACUUUUAGUUUGGAUGAUGUUAUUGUGAUUAGCAGGACAACUGAGGAAUGGAACGUAAAUGUGUCUCUUACAAUAGCAGGCCAUUAUAAAGUGACAGUUAAGGCCUUUAACCCAAUCAGCUGGGCCUCAUUCUGCACACACAUCCUCGUUCAAGAUCCAGUUGGAGAGUUGUUUUUGAAUGUUCCCAGUGUGAUCACAACACAUCAAAAACACUCUGUUCUAUUUAGCGUCACAGCAGGGUCAAAUGUGACCGUGUCUCUGCUGGUGAAUGCGACAUUACUUCACAAAAACAGCAGCUACACUACAGGAGAAGAGGCGACGGUGGUUUUGCUUUUCGACCACAACGGGACAGUUGUGGUGGAGCUUCGAGCUGAGAAUCGAGUGUCUUCUCAGAACAAAAGCCUAAGAGUGUGUAUUGACAGGAACAGGAAGCCAUCACCACAAGUUAGAGACAAUCCAACGUGGCAACCACCUACCAGUCAAAGUCUUGUUCACAGCCUGGCUGACAAUGUAUGGAUUUAUGCAGAAAAGCAAGCCUAUCCCACAAAUACAGAUAUAACUUUUCUGGCUGUGGCUGAAGUAUUAGACCCUGUGGAGUUCCUCUGGCAUUUUGGAGACUCAAGAUCAGCCAGAACCACCUCAAGGACCGUGACCAAAAGAUACCACAAACCUGGCAGGUAUGAUGUAGUUGUAGUCAUGUCCAGCGGCCGGACCUCCGUUUCCUCCGAUGUGUUCCCGCUGGUAGUCCAGAGAGCAGUGAAGCUCAACAGACUGCUCCACCAGGCUUCUGUCCUGCAGAACCAAACAGUGAUGGUGAGUUGCCGGGUCAAUGUGGGGACUGACGUCACCUUCCUGUGGGGCUUCGGAGAUGGAUCUUCCAGGCCAGGACAGAGCACAGAACAGCACAUUUUCCACAGGACAGGAGAGUUCAGAGUGAAAGUAACCGCGUCUAACCUGGUCAGCUCCGCCUCUCUAAGUAGUCACAUCUUUGUUGUGGACCGGCCUUGUCAGCCUCCACCAGUCAAAAACAUGGGGCCUCUCAGACUACAGGUGCGAAGAUAUGAGGUUAUCCACCUGGGGGUGACCUAUGAGACUGAAGUUGACUGUGACAUUUCAGGAGACCUUGACUACACCUGGACCUUGUUUGACUCUGCAGGUCGGGUCUUCCCUUUGCCUCUCAUAGACACACACAGACAAAGCCUCGUACUGCCCAGCCAUCUCCUGCACUAUGACACCUACACUGCCAUAGCCAGGGUUCAGGUCGUUGGCAGUGUGGUGUACAGUAACUACAGUGUGAGAGUGCAGGUGAUACCGAGCCCUCCUGUGGCCUUCAUCCAGGACGGCACCAACGUCUUCAUUAACAGCAAGAACAUGACCGUGGUAACCCUGGACGGACAGAGAUCAUUCGACCCUGACUUCCCCGUGAACCCAGUCAGCUUCAGUUGGACAUGUAAACCCGUGAGCUCCAUCACCAGCUCCUGUUUCCACCACGAUGUUCCCACUUCAUCCCCUGUGCUCGUAUUUCCUGCUAGUUUCCUAAAACACAACUUUGACCAGUUCCAGUUCACGCUCACCAUCCACAGCGGUGAGCGUUCAGCUUCAUCAGAGACCUUCCUCACAUUAACAUCAAACAUGAUCGGGAAAGUGCCAGUUUACUGCCCUCAGUGCCAGGGAGACCAGGUGAACUGGGAUCAGUCUUUCUCUGUCACCGCCUUGUGUGAAGGCUGUGGUAUUGCCCCAAAAUACAUCCAGUACACCUGGAGCCUGUACUUGGUCAAUGCGUCCUUCAAGCCUGUCAUAGAAGUCCCGUUUUGUUACACACUGGAUCUCAGUGCUCCGUCCACCAUCUUGGAGGGUCCUGCCACUUCCCCUCAGACUCCUUCCACCCUGCAUCUACCUGCUACAGAUGCUUCACAGUACACCCCUGCUGUCAAUACCUCUCUGAUUGAGGAUGCCCCUGAAACUAGAGCCAAAAAGCUAUAUCUGAACAUGACUGACAGCGUAACAUUAUCGAAGAAUAACAGAAAGAAGUCAACUAUGGCUGGUUUGACAGAACCUGAGCCCUCGACUUUCUCUUCUCUAGUCAACUUAAGAACAGCAGGAUCAGGAGAGGAGCCCUUUUAUUACCCUCUGGGGGAGUUUGACCCUCCAGAGCCUUUGUACUCCUCCACUGAAUACCAGCCACUUGCCCUUGACAACAGUGGCGUCCUAUAUCCAGACCACUUUGGCCAGAGGGACGUUAUCAGUGAAUUCCCCAUUGAUUCGGACUCCUCUGCUGACUGGGACUUUUCCUUUCCUGUCCUGGAGAGCGGUGACUUGGGAGGUCGACUAGAUUCAGAUUAUGAUGUUCACUUGAUGAGUGCAGAAGAAGGAGACCCAGGGAUUUCAGCAGGAAGACCCUCAGGUGUGGAUGGUGAGAGCUUCAGUCCAGGAGAUGAUUCAGUGUUUCAUCCAGCAGUACAUGAAGACGAGGGGAGUAAUCUGGUGGAUUCCAGGCCAUCUGUCAUGAUCCAGGAGCCAAUCUUGCUCGAUUUAUCUCGAGACCCGGUAGACAGAGACCUUUUUGAGUCCUACACUUAUACAGGAAUUUCCUCCCCAUUGCUCAGCUUUAGACCCUUCAGUCUUAGGCCUGGGAGCAGGUACAUGUUGGAGGUCACUGCCAAAUUUCAUGAUAGUAUUCUGGGCCGGACUCAGCUAUUCUUAAAAACCAACCCUGCUCCAAAGGGCAUGACGUGCCAGGUGCAACCAAUCAAAGGAAUGGAGCUAUACACACAGUUCAGCAUCUUCUGCACCUCAGGGAAAGAGGACUUACAGUAUGAGUACAGCGUGAGUGUAGGAGACAGACCUCCCAGGAUGCUGUAUCAGGGAAGAGACUUCCAGUACUACUUCAGCCUUCCUUCUGGUGACCCCAAUGAUGACUAUAAAGUAACUAUUUACACAGAGAUCAGAAGCAGCACGUAUGGGACAACCACUAAACCCUGUCCUGUCACUGUUCGAGUCCAACCAAGCUUCUUCAGAGACACCUCUUCUUCUUCUUCUUCUUCUUCUUCUUCUUCCCAUCUUGAUCCUGAUCUGGAGCUUUCAGAGUCAGGUCUGAGGAACCUGUCGGCUCUCGUGCGGCUUGGGAACAGUGUGGAGAUUCGUAACUACAUCAGUCUCCUCUUCAGCAUCCUGAACAGACUCAGCCUGGACCCCGAGGCCAACACACAUGCACAGAGACGCAUUCGCAAUGUGCUCAUUUGCACAGCGUGUGAGCUCGAGAGCAGUGAACAGGCAUCAAUGGUGGACAACAUCUUCAUUCUCAAAAACCUUUUACAAGUUACAAGUCAGGUGACAGUAGCGAGUGCAAGACGAGUGACAGUUCACGUUCAGGCCAUCUCAGAGCAGUUUUUGGAUUCCAGUACUCCAGUCUGGAACUCUCUGGACCAGAAGACACUCAACACCCUGGUCGCCCUGCUCGCAUACAGCCUGCAAGCGGCUGUCACUAGUUAUGACUUCACACCAGAAAUGUUCAACAGUGCUGACAUUAAACAGGCAUUAGAAUCAGACUCGCAUGGUGGAAACAUCAGAAAUGCAAUAGCCCCUUCUAAUGGCUGCAUACCAGACUCAUCCAGUGGUGUUUAUAUCAAAAAAGGGGGAUCGAUUUCACCAACGCAGACGAUGCAGCUUGUAGCUGAUAUUCUGCAGACUGCUUCAGACCUGAUGCUGAAGCACAUCUUGUUCCACGAGGCCCAUGAGCACAGAGUCAGCACUGGUCUUAUCGCCUUAUAUGCCACAUACCAAAACCAAACCUCCACGGUCAUCAGCAGUGGCUCAACCGCCUUCUACAUGCCAGCCUCCCUGAUCCAGCUUCUGUUUGUUCAUCGCAGUAGAGAGACUGAGAGCAGACCGCAUCGACCGUGUGUGCUCAGCAUGCUUACUGAGCUCUCCCGCAGCCCGUACACCUGGGCCCGCUAUCCUGGAAGGCUGAGUGGACCAGUGGUUUACCUGAGUCUGUACGAGUGCAGCACGAGGAGAAAGAUCCCUGUCCGCUCCCUCAUUCAGCCAAUGAACAUCGAGCUGCAACAACCACCAAGAAACAAGAGCUCUGUGCGUGAGUAUGUCCUCCUGCGCAGCCAGGUCAACUACCACAGCUUCAAGAUUACCCAGGAGCACUUGCAGCAGGCCAUCCAGCUGAGUGUGGCGUUCAUGCCGCCGCUCAACAAGGCGUUUCCCGUCAUGCUGCUCUUCAGGAUGUUUGAGAGGCCGACUCCCAGCAUGCACCAUCUGCACAGGAUUCACCACUGGGAGAGUAGCACCACUCGCUUCACCCUGGCCCCACCCUACCUAAGUGCUGCAGGGGUUGGUCACCUGGCCCUGCUGAAUGCUGAUUUUGGGAAAGCACCCAGACACAAAGACCUUAGUGAGCAGGUCAGCUACAGUCUGACAGUGGACAGCAGCCUGUGUUUGUCCUGGGACGGCCACCAGGGGGCCUGGACUCACCACGGCUGCAGGACACAGCAAGCAGACUCAACUACUGCAGUCAACUGCAGUUGUCACCAGUUGAGGCCGCUGACUGUGGUGCAGCAGCAGAUCCAGAGCAGCCAUGACACAACCGAUCUGGAGCCGUUCCUAAGUGUGUCCAGUGAUCUGAGAGUGCUGUGUGUGCUGGUGCUGUGUGUGUGCCUGUACAUUGUGGGGUUGGUGGUGUGCAAGAGAGCUGAUGUCGUGUCCGAGGUGAAUCGGAGGGUCCACUACCUUUCUGACAACUCCCCAUGUGACCCAUAUCUCUAUGCUGUCACAAUCCACACUGGUCUCUGCUCUGCAGCCUGUAUGAGUGCAAAGGUUUACAUUGUGCUGAAUGGUGAAGAUGGGUUUUCGCAGACAAGAGAACUACAAGUCCCCGGAUGCACUCUGUUCAGAAGGAACUCUCAAGACACAUUUAUAUUCAGUGCAGCAGACAGCCUGGGCCCUGUGUGGGGGGUUCACAUCUGGCAUGACAACUCUGGACCCUCCCCGAACUGGUACCUCAAACAGGUGGAGGUAUCUGAGGUGAACAGAGGGCAUGUGAAGGGGCGUGCUUGGCUCUUUGUCGCUCAGUGCUGGUUGGCUGUGAACAAAGGCGAUGGCCGGGUGGAGAGAAUGCUGCGGGUUUGCACUCAGGGAAUAGGCUUUGCUAAGAUGUUUUGUCUCAAGCUAUCUGACUACUUGGCCAACCACCACAUCUGGAUAUCUGUGCACAGCUGCCCCUGCCCUAACUCGUUCACACACACUCAAAGACUUAGCGUGAGCCUGCUGCUGCUGUUGGGGUACUCAUGUGUCAACACAGUAAUCCUAUCACAAAUGGAUGCUCAGUUGCCAUUCGAGUUGGGCAUUAUUGAUGUAUCAGCUGUUUCUGUGACGACGGGAGUAUUAAGUGUGGUGGCAGUGUUGCCUGCAGCAGCAAUAAUAUCCUUCCUGUUCCGACUGCGUGAAGUCAAGCCCACGGGGUCAGGAGUCCAACACACAAAGGGCAGAAAGACUGAAAAUGACUUUUUUGAAGUGACUGACAGUAUAUAUGAGCCCCAUCUCUCUUGGAGCAGUCUUCAGCAGUGGGCGCAGGAAGCCUGGAGGAAGAAAUACCAGGCCACAGACCUACUGCCAGCGUCCACUACGAUUCUGGAAAAUAAAAACACAGACAAACAACCUGUAAUCCAAACAGAUGUGUUCAUAAGAAAGCAGGACGCUCUAGCACUUGAGAACAAUAUGGGACCAGCGCUUCAAAAUGUGUUGCUGGUGACUGAGGGGAACAAUGUUGAUCAAGCACCUCAGGGAAAAGAGUUUGAUCUUUUAAGUGAAAGCAGCGGGUUUCAUGGAACCGAGAAAGCUCUUUUGUUCGGUACGAGGGAUGGAGGUCAAGCUACUCAGAAGGGGGAAGAUCCUCAAGGGAAAAUGAAGGAAGGCAGCCAUCACCAGGCAGCGUGGUCUGGUCACAGCAGGUGUUACCACGUCGUCGAUCGGCUGAAAGGGAGAGGAUUCAGACCAGUAUCUCAGUGGUGUCACUAUUUGGCCUGGACACUGUGUCUGCUGUUGUCCCUCUCCUGCCUGGUGCUCUCUGCAGUGCUGGGAAUGAGGUUCAGCAGCAGCAAGGUUCUGCUAUGGAUACACUCUCUUUUCUUCUCCUUGAUGUGUUGCAUCUUCCUCAUCCAGCCAGCUGUGAUAAUUACAGUGGCAGUGGCUGUCUCACUUUGGUACAGGAAAAGAGCAGACUUUCAUAAUUUCUCCAGUAUAAGAGAGUUUGAGAUAGAGACUUCAAAACUGCAGCGCCACAAUGGUGCUAAUCAGCCAGAAGAUCAGUUUGGGACAUCUGCCUUUCCCCAGGAGAGAUGCUCAUAUCUUGAAAAGCUGCUUGGAGCUCGUCAGCGAGCCCGGUACCUCCGUCUUGUGCGCCCACCGACUCCAGCAGAGCUGAGGAAAAGUCGUGGGAAGAAAAGAAGAGAGACUCUUAUCCAUAACACCCUCAGGGAUCUGUCUGUCUGUGGCUCCAUGCUUUUCCUAAUGCUGUGUAUAAAUUAUGGCAGCUCAUUCACUGACCAUUACCGCCUCAAUAAAGCUGUCAGAAAACAGUUUAUAAGGGGCCAUGAUAAUGCAUUUAUGUCAAUACAAAAGCAGGAGGACUGGUGGAAGUGGGCACAGACCAGUCUUCUUAAUGUACUGUACAAGAAUAUAUCAGCCACAACUGAGUUUGAUGUCAUCCAACAGUCACACGUGUUGUUUGGAGAGCCAAUCCUGUGGCAGACGAAGGUGUCCAGCUCAUUUCAGGGCCAGGUCUCCGGUGUGACUCUCGUACCAGAAUGUCUUCGCUUAUUCUUGUCUGGGAGCAGAACAUCCACUUAUCCGCAAUCCAAUGCCUUAGUUCCUAUGACGCCUCCAGGGACAUGUGGUCAACUGGGCUGCUACUCAGGACCAAGUGCUACCGUUGGCUUAGGCCACACGAAGUCUGACGCUGCCUCCAAACUGAAGCUCCUGCAUUCAGGUGGCUGGCUGGGCAGACAGACGGUGGCCGUGAAGGUCCAGUUCACCUUGUUCAGCCCUGCACCCAACUUGUUCACCGGUGUGACCGUGCUCGCUGAGCAGAGUCCCACCGGAGUCCUGCUGCCUUCUGCCCAAGUCCAGUCAGUUAGAGUGUAUCACACUCUUUCUGUGUGGGACUAUGUUGUUAUGGUGUGCCAGCUCCUCUUCCUUCUCUUGUCUUUGCUGCAACUCUGCGAUCAAGUGUACACCGUAGGGCAGCAAGGGCUGAUGGGAUACUGGAGGACACCCUGCAACUGGCUGGAAGUCAGUUUGCUGACAGUAACCCUAGUGUACUACAUUUAUUACAUCUAUCAAUCUAUUAUAAUCUUGGAGGUUGUGGAGCUGCUGCAGAGACACAACUACAGAGGACAUGUUGAUGUCAGCCUCCUGGCUACCUGGGAACAAUGUAUUCGUACUCUGCGUGGCGUUACGCUCUUCCUUCUCACCAUGAAGUGUGCGACUGUGUUGAGGGUGAACAGGACCAUGGCCACCUCUGCGACACUCCUCACCCACUCACUCUCCAGCCUUUUCUGGCCAAUGAUUUCAGGUCUUAUCCUGAUGGGGGCGCUGUCCUGCGUGGGGAGUCUCCUGUUUGCACAAAGCUCCUGGGCCUUGAGCUCACUUUCCCGCUCCCUUCAGACUCUGCUCUGUCACCGCUGGGGUCUCAGGGCCGUUAGAGGCCUCCUGCCUGGGCCUGAUUUCCUUUACGGUGGAGUUCUCUAUCUGUCCUCCACUGUGGUGUGGACAGCAGUGGUACAUGCGAUAGGUGUGGUGUCCUCAUUGGUCAGAAGUGCCAAAAGAUCUCAGAGCAGGGGGAAUGUCUUCACCAUAGCAGAAUUAGCCGGCUACAUCAGACAGAGGGUCUCUGGGCGGCGUAGACAAGCAUGGAUUGAAAAUCACGUGGAAGGGAAGAAUUAUUACUUUGAGGAGUUUGAAAGCUUAGUAGAUGAGCUACUGUUCAGACUCAACGCCCUCUCAAACAGUCUGCACCACACUCUGCCCCCCAAAGCCCAUCGUUACAGGGAGGAGGGCAGUCCCGUCACUUCACCCAUACAGGAGCCCUCCAACAUGGACACACAGGACUUCGUAAAAACACAAAUGACAGAAGAGACAAUGGUGGGUGAUCACACAGAUGUCAGUGGCCAUGGAGAAACCCUACCUGCAUCUCACCAGCUCAGGUCCAAGCUUGAACUGGAAAUACUGCAUUUCCUGCAGCAGAGAGGCCUAAGGAGAGAAAAUUCCUCCUCAGACGUUCUCGUGGCGUCGGAUAAUUCAGAACAACCUGGAACAAGAGCUGAAGAAAACCCAAAAGACAGAGCGCUCCAGACUUAUUUAAAGGCACAAAACUGCCUGUCACUCCCAGAGUCAGCAUCACUUAUCAGGGUUUGGACAGAAGAUGUUUUGGAGAAGCAAGUUGACGAUCGGUCUGAAACAAAGCACAGUUGCUGGUUAAGUCAAACUCAGGCCACCCAUGCAGUUGUGGUGGAAGUUCUGGUCCAUGAGGAGCCUGGGAGUGUAGAGCCAGAUAAACAUUAAGGUCCUUAUGGACACUGCAAGCAAUUCAAAACACAAGAUGUCUUAAAGGUCUGCAUUUUCUAUUCUAUUAAGAUAUACUGUAUAUAAUGGUACUGUAUUGUAUGUGCCCAGCAUCUUAUUUCAUCUGUUUAAUUAUCAAAUAAUAUUACCUGGAUCACAUAAACAUGUGAAGUAAGUCCUCCAAGACUGUUUGGUACUUUAUAAACAGGCAUUGUUACAAAAACUUUUUAUAACUAGUUGUUCAUGAACAAUUUAUUAAUGGCACAACAAAACACAAAUAAGCUUUUGUAAUGCAUAAAUAAAAUUAGAUUUUUGGUUGCAAA